AUCCCUCUACUCUGUACUCUGGGCGUGGAGGAGAUACCAGCACUCAAUAGCGGCCGGGACUGGAAGCAGCGGCACUCCCAAAUUUCUAUCCCAGCGUUACCGCAGGCUCUGAACAAUGGAUUCCCUCAGUGCAGCCAAUGGAACCUUUGCUAUUAAUCUGUUUAAGAAGCUCACAGAAAGCGAUAACAGAUGCAACUUGUUCUUCUCCCCAUUAAGCAUCUCCUCCGCUCUAGCAAUGAUUUACUUGGGAGCCAAAGGAAAUACUGCUGCUCAGAUGUCAAAGGUUCUACAGUUUGAAAAGGCAAAAGAUGUCCAUGCCGCAUUUCAGACCCUGAUCUCUGAUAUCAACAAACCAGGCACAGAUUAUCUUUUAAGUACUGCUAACCGCCUGUAUGGAGAUAAGUCAUUCACGUUCCUUGAUGAAUUCCUGGGAUCCACUAAGAAACACUACCAUGCGGAUUUACAGUCUGUGGACUUCUCUACAAAGGCAGAUGAUUGCAGAAAGGAGAUCAAUUCUUGGGUGGAGCAGAAGACAGAAGGUAAGAUCCAGGACCUGUUGCCCAGUGGCAGUGUGGAUUCCCUCACCAGAUUAGUUCUUGUCAAUGCAAUUUAUUUCAAAGGAAAUUGGGCUUCUCAGUUUGACAGAAAUUGUACACGUGAGAUGCCCUUCAGGCUGAAUAAGAAUGAGACCAAACCAGUGCAGAUGAUGUAUAAAAAGGCCAAAUAUCCAAUGACUUAUGUUGGGGAGUUGUUCACCAAGGUCCUUGAGUUACCAUAUGUUAAUAACAAAUUGUCUAUGAUCAUAAUGCUCCCCGAUGAUAUUCAAGAUGGAACCACUGGGCUGGAAAAGCUUGAAAACGAGUUAACAUAUAGCAAAUUUUUGGAAUGGACAGAUCCAGAAAGAAUGGACAUUACAGAAAUGAAGUUGCAUUUGCCAAAGUUUAAGCUAGAAGACAAUUAUGACUUGAAAGCUGUACUUAGUGACAUGGGAAUGCCUGAUGCCUUUGACCAAGGCUCCUCCGAUUUCUCAGGAAUGUCUAGCCAUAAUGAACUAGUGCUGUCUAAAGUAGUGCACAAGUCUUUUGUGGAAGUGAAUGAGGAGGGCACAGAGGCUGCCGCAGCCACUGCGGGGAUUAUGAUGCUCCGCUGUGCAAUGAUUGUGCCAACGAUAUUGUGUGACCAUCCUUUUCUGUUCUUCAUUACUCACACACAAAGCCGCAGCAUCUUGUUUGCUGGUAGAUAUGCGGCACCCUGAGAAAUUGUAAUAAAAUCAAUACUGUUUUCAGCUGAAUUAGUCUUUUAUACACGAGUAUGAUUUCUAUCAGUACUCCUCACAUACAACUCAAGUUUAAUUAACUAUGAUGUGCCUUAUAUUUUAUACUUAAUCUUUUUAAUUUAAAUAACAUUUAAAGCUGCAUAUUGAAAAUACAUUUCUAGAUACUCAUAGAGUAAAACAUGACUCCAAGCGGUGUCUGGCCUCCUAAAGGUUUGCAAUAAUCUAUUUAUUGUAGAACGACUCAUUACAGUUGGGCCUCCACACUGAAUAUAUGCUUGUCAGGUCCGUUUUACAAUUUGCAAGACCAAAUGUAUUUUUUUUUUGUUACUUUUCAUGAAUAAUUUGCACAAUUUCUGCAAUUAACAUUUGCUAUUCAUAUGGUACACCUUAAAUGCAAUGAUUAUUCCUCUAAUUUUCAUUAAUAUAAGUAAUGUUCUUAUACGUGUAACAGCUCAAGGCCACAAUAAAUUCUCCUCUGUAGUAUAA